GCACCGAAUGACGUCACCAAGUGCUCGUUGGCACCUUGUUUGUGGCACCUAUGAAUGACGUUACAAGUACACGUUUUUGGUAACAUUAACACCGUCUAGCAAGCAGACCGUGUUCCAAGUGGUUAUUAUUGUCAUGUGCGCCUCUAAAUUGUAUUGUGUGAUGUUGAAAGUCAUGCUUCUUAAUACAGCUAUAACUUAAAGAAGUUGAAAGUGCUUAAAGUAAAUCUAAAACGAUGAUUGACUAAACGAAUAUUACUAAACCUAUAUUGUAGAGGAGUGGCCAACUGUUGUCCAACGAAGGUACUUAUUAAGAACUUUUCUACUAAGCAGUAACGGGGCGCCAACCUGUUGCAACAGAUAAGCGACUACACUGCGCCUCCUUCCCAAACUGCAGAUCGAGUAGGACUUUCAUUACGAGACCAAGCCACUACAGAAUCACGGAUCGGCGACUACGUGAACGACAAGUCGCCAGAGAGCCGGCGAUCGAGUAGCACUUGGACUACGCCCCAAAAGCGACUUCAAAAAUCACACGGAUCAGCGACUACGUGAACGACGACGAAUCGCCUGAGCUGUCGAACGAAUAGGACUUGGACAGCGAAACCAAGCUGCUCCAAACCCGAGAGACCCGUGCGAUCAGCGACUACGCGAACGACGAGCCGGUGAACGAGCGGUCAACGCAACAAUCACACAAGUAAAUUUAGUAUAAGUAUGUUUAAGUAUUAAUUUAUUUCAUUUUUAUCUUUCUUUUUAAGUUUUAUCUUAGCCUAAAUAUUGUAAGUCAAUUUUAUUAAGUUAUAUUUAAUUUUUUUGAACAUUGAUUGGUAUAUUCAUGAUUAUUGACUGGACAUUUUUUGUAUAUAAUAGGCCUAAUUAUUAUUAUUAUUCAUAUGCAAGUAAUAAUGAGUGAAUAAUCAUUAAUAUAUGAAUGUAUUGAUGAGUGAUAGUGAAUUUCACUAUUGGAAUUAGCUAGCGUAUGUUAAUUACAUUAGAAUCUUUCCAGGUAGAAAUUAAUUUUUAGAAACCCAACAAAUAGGACAAAUUUUAAAUUAGAGAAAAAAUAUUAUGGCUGUAUAUAUGUUUCAAAUUACAGUGGCGAAUCUUCAAUAACAAUAAUUAAUUAAUCAAAUUAAAUUAAAAAUAAAUAGUAAUUCUAGAUGCAGAACAAAUAAUCAAUAUAAACUUAUCAUAAAUAGCUUAUCAACUCUGAGAAGCCAGACCCCAUCGCUCAGUCAUGCUUCCUCAUACCCUUUCCCUAAUGUCUUUGAUAAUAUUGUUCAUGGAAACGGCAGCUGUCAAGGUGUUUUCAGGAGUUAUUCUCCAACCAAUCCCUCAUGUACACGUUUAUCAAGCUUCUGUGCCACUCAGCUACAAAAUGAACUUUCCAACGGCGCAGAUGACUCUACUUCAAGCAGAUAAAGUCUUUCCACCGAAAUGUUUAUACGCUGAUUGCUCUAUCGCAAAUAUUAUAGAGCAAUUAUAUAAUUCAACAAAUGACAUCAUCAAACAUGAGCACCUGGACUACACUCUCUACACCAAUAAACCACAGACAUUAUCAACUACACAAUCUAAUCGUUCUACAAGGUCCAUUGAUGCAAUAGGAAACUUCUUUCACUUUUGCUGCGGUACCGCAACAGACGGGGAGCUUCAUGGACUUGAAUUCAACGAACAGCACCUGACAGACCACCUCAACGCAUUCAAAAGUAUUGUGAAAGAGGACCACCAAGAUUUAAUCAAAGUGACGGCGGAAUUGAACUCAUUCACUAAAGACAUCUCCAACCAGUUCCACACAGCAUAUCUUCAACUCCAAAACAAAAUGAGUUCCAAAUUAGAAGCAGAUGAAUCACUCUACAAUCUAAUAAUCGGCUACACUUUUCAUCUCUACUCCGACUUAUAUAUCCUGACUCGAAGAAAUUUCAUCACAUCAAUUAAAGAGAGGUGUCAACAGAAAUUACUCCCUUCGAACGUCAUCAAACCUGAAUUGUUGAAGAAAGACCUCUCACAAUUACAAAGGAAUAUGGAUUCAACAAAUCAACGUAUAGCAGUUAACAUAGAAGAUUAUCAUCAGUUCUACCACCUACCAAUAACGACAUGUAAAAUAACAGAGGAGGAUGUGACAAUCACACUGAAAGUUCCAUUCAUCACAAAAACAUCUAACUUCACAUUAUUCAAAUACAUUCCAACCCCGCUAUUCUGGAAAAAUCAAUCAUGUUGGCUACCCAGAGAUGAAUUGCGAUGAAAUAGCGAGAAGCGAAGAAACAAUUCAAGUUCUAACUGGAAAGCAAUUGGAGCUUUGUCCAGUACAAACAACAACGCUUUGCUAUCUACCUAGACAACAACAUUCGGGAAAAUUAUCAUCAAAGUGUACAGAAUAUUUAGUAGCGUCAUCAACUCUUCAGCAGCUACAACAGUUUUGUGUGUUCUCCUGCACAAGCAGCACAGAUAGUGAGAUUACAGAAGUAUCGCCGACGGAGUUCUAUGUAGUCUAACAAACAACCAGCCAGGAACCACAAUUAAAUGUGAAGAAGGGGAAGAUCACAUAUUAUCCACAAAUCUUCCAGGAACUCUACAUAUAGGCUAUCUAUCCCGUGCAGCUGUGAGCUACAGUACAAAAAUAAGACAUUAAUUAGAACAAACUUUCCUUGUGAAUCCCGUGCACCAAUCAUUCCCAAAAUCCAACAUUCUUUACCUCUUCACUGGCUAAAUAUUAAAUCACUAAAAAUAGAUUCCUUCCAGCCCCAUAACAAUCCGCAUUUUGAUAAUUUCUCAGAUAUUUUAAAAGAUGACUGGAAUGUUACUGUACCAACUCUGUUUAUUCAUAAUAAUAUAGCUCCAGAUUUAUUCGAAAAAGUAACACUACCAAACAGUUGGCAUGAUAUUUUCAAUUCCACUUCCAUGGCAUUCUAUUUUAUUCAUGCUUGGUUAGGAAUAAUCACUUUGGCAUUAUUAUACUUGUUACUGAAGAUUCACAUGCUACUGAUUAUCCGAAAAUCUCAACAGAAGCACGCCAUUCAAAUGGUGGAGUUGAAGGACUGAAAUUAUGUAUAGUUUUCACAAUCAACUCUACGAGAUUGAUUAAUUAAAAUAGAAUCGCUUUUUUAAUUUUUAAUAAAAAUUGUUAAGGAUUUUUGUCUCAUUUGAUUGAUUUAUCACAUAAUUAUUUGUACCUACUAAAAAUGUGAACUCAUAUCUAUAUUAGACUAUUCUUGUUUUUAUCUACACACAAUACAUUGCCAUGUUUAU